AUGUCUGCUCAACAAGACGUCAUUUCCGCAAAUGGCAAUGAGCUCAACGAUCACAUAGACCAGCUGAGGAUGGAUGACCGACUUGGUCCUGAUGGCGAGCCCGCCCCUAAGACGGACGAAGAAUAUGCUCAGGCCCAACUGACUCUCCGUGCCAUUGUUUCUUCCAAGGAAGCGGGUGUCAUCAUCGGCAAGGGUGGCAAGAAUGUCGCCGAUCUCCGAGACGAGACUGGGGUCAAGGCCGGCGUCAGCAAGGUUGUCCAAGGGGUGCACGAUCGAGUUCUUACCAUCACUGGCGAAUGCGAUGCCAUUUCCAAAGCUUACGCCAUUGUGGCUAGAGCUCUACUCGAGGGUGCCCCGGCCAUGGGGAUGGGAGGAAUCGUUCAGAAUAAUGGCACUCACCCCGUCAAGCUUCUCAUCUCACACAACCAAAUGGGUACAAUUAUCGGCAGGCAGGGUUUGAAAAUCAAGCAUAUCCAGGAUGUAUCCGGUGUCCGCAUGGUGGCCCAGAAGGAAAUGCUACCCCAGUCCACCGAACGCAUUGUCGAGGUGCAGGGCACGCCAGAGGGUAUACAGCGGGCAGUGUGGGAGAUUUGCAAAUGCCUCGUUGAUGAUUGGCAGCGCGGCACCGGCACCGUUCUCUACAAUCCUGUUGUCCGCACACAAACGGGAUCCGGCGGCCUCGGCGGCGGCUUUGGUGGCAGCGGCAGAAGCGACUACGGCAGCCCCCGCGUUAUGCGCACCGGGAACGGAGCCGACUUCAGCAACGGCGCAGGCGUUCGACCGUUCAACCGUCGAUCCGAUUCCGAUGCCGCAAGCCGCGGCCCCCCGACGCACGACGAGAAUGGGGAAGAGAUCCAGACGCAGAACAUCAGCAUCCCCGCAGACAUGGUGGGCUGCAUCAUCGGCCGUGCCGGGAGCAAGAUUAGCGAGAUUCGCAAGACGUCGGGAGCCCGCAUCUCCAUUGCCAAGGCGCCGCACGACGAGACGGGCGAGCGCAUGUUCACCAUCAUGGGCACUGCCAAAGCCAACGAAUCCGCCCUAUUCCUCCUGUAUGAGAAUCUGGAGGCAGAGAAGAUGCGCCGAAGUCAAUUGCAGGAACCCGAGUAG